CGCUCUUCCAACGCAUCUGACGCCAUGACAGACGACAGCCAUGUUGACAAGCGACCGCGGUUCUAUAUGGGCAAUGCACCUGAAACCAUAGAUCCUUUCCACUCUCCAGCGACAAGUUGGGGAUUUGAUGAAUUCGCUCAAGACCCGAACUAUCUAGCAUCCCAAGAGGAGUUACGGUGUCUUCUCUUUACUACUGCACGUUCAGCAGCCCCCACUCGGGCUGGGACCCCUAUUGAAGAAGAUCAGGGUAAUAGUGACCGAUCGUGGAACAUCAAACUAGUGCUCGCUAAGGGCAGGCGAGUUCAUUACCUGAAGAAUUAUAUCGCAAAAGUAGCCCCGUGGCUUGACAUGUUUGAUGGCAACCGUGCCUUUGGCAUCCAACUUCCAGCCCUUGCCAGAGAAUCACCUCCGUUACUAUAUGCUAUUCUCGCUAUUGGCGCUCGCCAACUAGAGCGUAAAGAGAAGACCCAAUCCUCAUUCAACAGCCUCGAGCUAUAUCAAGAAGCGAUCCGUUUGCUCACGCCAUUGCUUCAAGCGCGCGAUACCCACGUUAUAGCGGCUUGUGUCGUUCUCUGUUGUUUAGAAAUGUUUUCUGCAAGUGCUCAGGAUUGGCGUCGCCAUCUUGAAGGUUGCGCUGCAAUUUUUGAGGCCUUUGGAGUGAAUGGCUUCAGCGGUGGCAUCUUGCAGGCCGUCUUUUGGUGCUAUGCUCGCAUGGACGUUUGUGGAGCUCUCAUUUCAGAUGGUACGGAGAGUACACUCGUCAGGCCUUCGAAUUGGCUUCCACCGAACACUCCAGACAAUUUAGUUGGACCUCUAUUCCGGAACACUGCGUCCCCCGACAUGUAUGCCAACUUGGCGGUCUACCUGUGUGCAAAAACUUGCGAGCUCAUCUCCGACCGUAACAAAUAUGUCGAGCUCGGAAAGGAGAACCAAUGCGAUACCCAACACUUCCAUGAUCGGUGGUCUCGCCUUUGGGAGCAAUUGGAAAGGUGGUCGUUUUAUAGACCCAAGGAAAUGCUUCCAGUCGAGACUGCCCCGUCCACUCCUUUCCCUCAUGUCUUUUUCUCUCACUGGGCAGCUAUAUCCUCAAAUCAAUUGUAUCACACCGCGUGCGUGCUCCUCCUCACUUCGAAUCCGAAGGUGAAGACAGUGUGUCCUUCACCUACCACCUCCGCCCUCUGGCAUGCAAGACGAAUAUGUGGUAUCUCCUUGGCAAAUCCUCACGAAGGAUGCCUCAACAAUGCCAUUCAACCGCUGUGGAUUGCUGGGCGUCUCCUAAGUCACAGCUCAGAGCAGGCUCUCGUCGUCAAAACUAUUCGUCAUAUCGAAGCUCUGACGGGAUGGACGGCAUGCUGGCGCAUUCGCGAUCUUGAGAAUACAUGGGGCUACAAGGUUCGAGGAGAGCUGUGA